UUUUGCAUUUAUCUCGAUUCUCGAUAUACCAUCUAAGUUGAAUGCUAUGGAUUUAGAGAAUGGAAAUCAAGAACCAGUAAAACAAGGCCUGCUUGCCCGUGGGUGGUCAAAGAUUAAGGCCUUUAGCAACAAUGUUAAGACCGAGGUGCUCGAAUUCUUCGGAACCUUAAGAAAACUCGGCCAAGAUGACCCAAGAAGAGUGGUUCAUUCAUUGAAAGCCGGACUCGCGCUCACCUUAGUCUCAUUGUUCUAUACCUACCAGCCAUUGUACAACAGCUUCGGCUUUUCUGCAAUGUGGGCUGUGAUCACCGUGGUCGUCGUCUUCGAAUUUUCUGUCGGGGCUACUCUGGGGAAAGGAGUGAAUAGAGGAUUGGCAACGUUGCUUGCUGGUGCUUUAGCUGUCGGGGCUCAUCAACUGGCUAAAACAUCGGGACGUAUAUGCGAGCCCGUAGUACUCGGGUUCUUCGUCUUCCUCCAGGCUGCGGUAUCGACGUUUGCGAGAUUCUGCCCCAAAAUCAAGGCUAGAUAUGAUUAUGGAUUGUUGGUAUUCAUCUUGACAUUCUCUUUGAUAUCCAUAUCGGGAUUUCGAGAUGAUGAAAUACUGGAACUGGUUCACAAGAGAUUGUUAACCGUUCUCAUAGGUGGCUCAACCUGUGUCAUAAUUUCCGUUUUGCUUUUCCCUGUGUGGGCCGGUCAAGACCUUCACAACUUGAUCGCUUCCAACAUGGAAAAACUUGGCAUCUUCCUAGAAGGGUUUGGAGACGAAUACUUUAAAAUGGAAGAGGAUGGAGAGUCGAAAGAAGGUGGAUCCUUGUUGCAGGGAUAUAAAAGUGUUCUCAACUCGAAAAACAACGAAGAGGCCUUGGCUAAUUUUGCAAGAUGGGAGCCGAGGCAUGGCCGGUUUCAAUUCCAACAUCCAUGGAAACAGUACCUGAAGAUCGGAGCUCUAACACGCCAGUGUGCGUACCGAAUCGAAUCACUCAACGGACACCUCCACGCCGACGUUCGAGCAAAACCUGAAAUCCGAAGUAAAAUCCAAUUGACAUGCACGAAAAUAAGCAUGGAAUCUGGUGAAGCAUUGAAGGAACUGUCGAUGGCGAUCAAAACGAUGGUGAAACCUUUUUCCGCGGAUAUCCAUAUCGAGAACUCGAAAUCGAACGUAAAGAAUCUCAACUCUUUGCUCAAAUCAGGGUUAUGGGAUGAUAAAACGGACCUCUUGGAAGUGUUGCCGUUGGCUACAGUAGCUUCGUUGUUAAUCGAUGUGGUCAGUUGCACAGCCAAAAUUGCGGAAUCUGUUCAUGAACUUGCCACUAAGCUGAAUUUCGAAGCCGUUGAGCCGACUGUCGCACCGGAGACGGAACUUUGAAAUUUGAUA